UGGGAGAUGGCGGAGUUGGACAUCGGGCAGCACUGCCGGGUGGAGCAGUGCCGGCAGCGAGAUUUUCUUCCAUUUGUAUGUGAUGGUUGUUCUGGAAUAUUUUGCCUUGAACACAGGAGCAGGGAGUCACAUAGCUGUCCUGAGGUUACUGUAAUUGAGAGACUGAAGUCAGAUACACAUACAUCUCACCCAUGCUCAUUCAAGGACUGUGCUGAAAGAGCGCUUGUGCCAAUUAUGUGUCCUUAUUGUGAGAAGAAUUUUUGCCUGAGACAUCGUCAUCAGUCAGAUCAUGAAUGUGAAGAACUGGAAAUCCCUAAGUCUCGUAUGGCUGCCACUCAGAAACUUGUUAAAGACAUUAUUGAUUCCAAGACAGGAGAGACAGCAAGUAAACGACGGAAAGGUGCAAAAAAUAGUGAAACAGCUGCAAAGGUAGCAUUGAUGAAAUUAAAGAUGCAUGCUAAUGGAGAUAAAUCAUUGCCACAGACGGAAAGAAUUUACUUUCAGGUUUUCUUACCUAAGGGGAGCAAAGAGAAGAGUAAGCCAAUGUUCUUUUGCCAGCAGUGGAGCAUUGGAAAGGUCAUAGACUUUGCAGCUUCUUUAGCCAGUCUUAAAAAUGACAAUAACAAAUUAACACCUAAGAAAUUGAGGUUAUGUCACAGUACCUCAGGAGAGGCCUUACCCUUGGAUCAUAUUUUGGAAACCUGGAUCGCUAAGGAGGAUUGUCCUUUAUACAGUGGUGGAAAUAUUAUCUUGGAAUAUCUGAAUGAUGAAGAACAGUUUUUAAAAAAUGUUGAUUCUUACUUGGAAUAG